GUUUGAUUUUAUGGCCAAUAAGUUCAAACGCUUUGUUAACUGAAGAAUGGGUUGGUUUUGACCGCUUCUCAAUACUCCCAGGAACAGCUUUAUGCAUCACAUUCAAUGAUUCUGCUUCGUCUUCAAAUAUUACACGAUCUAUUUUAUCAUAUAAUUGCUUCAGUAAAGCAUUAGAAUAGUCGCAAGCAGCAAACGCUUCUUUCUGUGCAGUAUGGUGUCCUCUUUCUUUUGUGAUUUUUUUAUAUCUCUCUGCAAACAACAAGAUCCUUUCCUUUUGCUCUUUAGUUGCUUUUAUUGGAUCAAAGUUUUUAGCCUUGCACUUCUUUGGAUCCAAGUAUAUUUUGCCAUAUUCGUUAGUAGUCAAGCAGGCAUAAUAGGCUUCACAUGUUUCCAUGGUGUCUUUUGUGAGGCUUAUAAAGUCAGGUGAUUCAGCGCGCGACAUAGUUUUCUUUUCUAAUUUCUUAUUUUUAAGUAUACUAAUUUCAGUAAUUGAAGAAGUUAAACUUUUUUGAAAAUUGUUUUUAGGAUAUGUAUUGUCCUGAAGAGAUUAUCAAUUUUUAUACUUGAAACAAAAGAAACAAAAUCAAAAGGAUCUGUAUAUAAAUAAAAUUUAAC